AGUCAUAACAAAAGUUGGUAACCCAGUCAGUCAGUCAGUCGAUCAGCGAGCAAAGAUUCUUGAGUGGAGCAAAAGAUUAGCAGAAAGUGUUUAGAAAGCAAGUUACAAAACUCUUAUCACCACUCAAAAGGUGCUCCAUUUCAGCCUCAUCCGGGAUAGAACACUUUCAUCUACGUUUGUGACCGUUUUCAACGCAAAAAACUAACAAACCGCGGCGAAAAAAUGUUGAACGUUGUUACUCGUCGAUUUUGAUAUCAAACAUUUAUUAAACUUUAAGACCAUACCACCGACAGCAAAAACUCACCCUUGCUCGCAUUUGCCAACAACACUACAACCCACCCAACAUUGAAUGCUCGCACACACCAUUCAUCAGCAACACAUUUUCAUCAACACUGUUCACACUUCACGAACUUAAUAUCGACUAACUAUUAAGCAAAAUCCAAAGUACAACCUCACAUGCAAAUGGCUUGGCUCGGUAUUGGCGCUUUGGCUUCCGGUUUAGUGCUGCAGCGGUUGCUGGGCGGCGACACCCCACCCAACAAGGUGCUCGAGGUGAAGAACGAGAACUACAUCAACCUGCAGGUGCUUCACCGGGACGAUGCGAUGCGGCUGUACGCCCCGAGCAACGGCGGCAACGACAAGAAGCCCAUGUACGAGAUCGUCCUGGAGAGGCCCCACUCGGAAACGGUGAACACGUCCUACAGCCUCUACCGAAGCGCAACGCAAGCCGAAGCCGAAGAAAAAUUCGAAGCCUUCCACCAAAGACUACCGGAGUUGGUCAAAAUGAUCCGUGAGUUGUACAAUAUCAACGGUCUCCAGAAGUUGUGCGACACCUUGAUCGAGCAUCCUUCCUGGUCGUUGGCCCACAUCAUCGCCCACUUCAAUCUCACCGAAUACAUUUCGAAUCCGAAAAUUAUAGAAUCAAUAGAUGACCCCGACCAUGCCGACCUUCUGACCCCUUUACAGAUCGCGACCAAAGCCGGCAACAUAGAAAUGGUCAAGGCGCUAAUACCGAUCAGCAAGAUCGAACACUUGGACAACAAUAGUAAUUCUGUGUUUCACUACGCCGCCAGUACCACCAAAGAGAUGAUCAACCUGCUAACGGCCAAAAGCACAGCCAAUUUGAACCACUGCAAUGCCGACGGUUAUACGCCGUUGCAUUUAGCGUGUUUGGCGGACAAGCCGGAUUGUGUAAAGGCUCUUCUGCUGGCAGGAGCCGAUACCAAUAAGAUGGCCCGAUGUGCGAGUAACGCCUACAAUAAGACGAUGAUUUCAAGCAAUGUCGCGGACUUUCUGGUGAGUAAUCCGAACAAGCUGUUCACGCAGGACAUGAAGCACGGCGGGACGCCGCUGCACUGGAGCUCCAGCCGGGAAGUGCUGAACUCGCUGAUCGAACGGGGCUGCGACGUCAAUCUGGUCAACUUCAACGGGCAGACGCCGCUGCAUGUGAUGGUCAGUCGCGAUCGGCUCGAGUGCGUGGUCGCUCUGCUGGCCCACGAGGCGGAAAUCGACGUGGUGGACAACAGUGGCAACACCCCGCUGCACAUCGCCGUCGAGAAGAAGCUCAUCCCAAUCGUGCAGUGUCUGGUCGUGUUCGGUGCGGACAUCAACAAGCCGAACAAGGAGGGCAAGACGCCUCGACAUCUGGUCGGCAAAGAUGAUUCCGGCUCCAAAGAUGCCAUGAUUCUGUACAUUCUGCACUCGGUUGGCGCCAAGCGAUGCCAGGAUAAUGGCGGCAGCAAGUGCCCUCCCGGAUGUUCAGCCAAGGGCAACUACAACGGGAUUCCGCCGGCGCAACCGGAAACGAGCGAGCAGCGUGAGCAUAUCCAGCAUAUGCUGGCCAGUACGAGUCGAUCCCAGCGAAAUAGCAUUCCCAGUUUGAUAUCCAACACAAUCAAAACGGUUCGGGAGGAGCGCGAGGCGCUGCGGGAGAUCAAGGAGGAGGUGAAAACGGUGGAUGUUUCCCAGGAACGCAAAGGGGCAAGCAUGAUGGAUGCUCUGUUAUCCAUGUUCACCAAUAAAGUAGAAGCGGCUUCCAAGGAUAGUGUUCCGGGAUCGUCGAAGGGCUCUCCAACAGGAAAGAAUUCGAUUGACAUAGGUGAUGAACCGAUGCUGGAAGAACCCACCGUUCACGAAUCGACAUGCCCUGCUCCGGACUCGGGUGAAUGGCAUGGUCGUGGUCGCUUGCUGUGCCUCGAUGGCGGAGGCAUCCGUGGUCUCGUAUUGGCCCAAAUGCUGCUAGAAAUUGAAAAUCUUGCACAAACGCCAAUAAAUCACCUGUUUGAUUGGAUCGCUGGAACAAGCACUGGUGGAAUUUUGGCACUUGCCCUGGGUUGCGGUAAGACCAUGAAGCAAUGCAUGUGUCUGUAUCUUCGCAUGAAAGAUCAGGCUUUCGUCGGUUCUCGUCCGUAUCCAAGUGAUCUGCUAGAAUCCGUUCUCAAAGAACAGUUGGGAGAGUUCACUGUAAUGUCCGACAUCAAGCACCCAAAGCUCAUGGUGACUGGAGUGAUGGCCGACCGGAAACCGGUAGACUUGCAUCUUUUCCGGAACUAUAAAUGCGCUAGCGAUAUCCUUGGAAUUGCCACGCCGUCUAACAGCCGAAGACAGCCACCGCCGCCUCCGGAAGAUCAGCUCGUAUGGCGCGCAGGACGCGCAACGGGAGCAGCUCCUUCCUAUUUCAGAGCUUUUGGCCGGUUUCUGGAUGGUGGUCUGAUAGCGAACAAUCCCACCCUGGAUGCGAUGACCGAGAUUCACGAGUACAACAUGGCCCUCAGAAGCAUCGGACGGGAAGCGGAAGCAACGCCUAUUUCCAUCGUGGUAUCUCUUGGUACAGGACUGAUUCCGGUUACAGAGCUGAAAGAAAUCGAUGUGUUCAGGCCGGAUAGCAUAUGGGACACCGCAAAGCUGGCCUACGGUAUCUCUGCUAUUGGAAAUCUCCUGGUUGACCAGGCGACGGCUUCCGACGGACGAGUGGUGGAUCGUGCCCGUGCCUGGUGCAGCAUGAUCGGGGUCCUGUACUAUCGCUUCAACCCUCAAAUGUCCGUCGACAUUGCCAUGGACGAGAAAAUUGAUGAGCCGUUGAUCAACAUGCUAUGGGAGGUCAAGGCGUACAUGUACGCCAACCGGCGGAAGGUCAUCGAAAUGAUCAACAAUCUCAAGUGAGGCUGCCAUUCGUAGUCGUAGGGCAGCGAUCAGAGACGUGGUACGUGAACUGGUAGGUAGAUUCUUCUUAGUUUCGUGUUUUUUUGUCUUUAUCUCAUUCCCAUAACCAAUGGAUGAGGAACAAAUGGAGCAAAUCACUACUCUCAGCGACAAUACAAUACAUACCGGAAACCAGUAGCAUGAGUACUACGGAUUUGUAGCGAAAUAAAGUCAGAAGUAAACGUAAGCAGUAAAGGACAACAGGAAUAAUAUUUUUACAGUUUAUAAAAAAAAUCGUAGAACAACCGGUUGUAGUUAUUUCUAACAGUGGGAGUUCGACUUUUUCCGACAGAACAGAAAAUUCCGACUAGUUCAUUAGUGGCAGUACAACGAUAGAUUAAAUUUACGGAGAAAUAGAAGAAACCCAACGGCUUCAUCCAUUUACACAGAGUAUGAGUCGAAAAAAAAGAUAGACAAUUCGCGUGAAAUCGAACUGAACGUUUGGGCUUGUGUAUAUGUCUCAUCACAAGAACCGAUUUACUGUUUUUGACCGUUUUGCUUCGUGAUUUUCCGCGUGAAGCUUAUUAUUGUUAUAGAUGUGUCUUUGACUCAAAAGAAAUGUAUUAGGAUAUGUGAAACGAAUUCGAUCGGUAAUUGGCAGAGACCUCAACAAAAUGCUUCCCAUUUCCAAGAAGGGUGUGUACAUGCCUCACUUGGCCUGGCGCCAUGUCGCUUAUCGACUGUCCCCAGAACGCCAAACAGGGCAGCAUCCCUUCACGAACAUGUCUGUAUGUGUGAUUUUUACUACGUACAUAGUAUCGCUAAUGGUCACCUUCCCAGUGAAUGACGAGAGGGUCCGUUCCUUUACGAAACUCAAACCACCAAAAACCAAACUAGCUCUAGCACACGUCUGCUUAUUGACAAAAUUCCUUAUUUUUCCUUACCCUUGUCUCUCUUUCGCGAAAAUAAUUCGACAGAAUAUUUAUGCACUGCAUUUUGAAAAAUCACUUCAAAAUUUAUCGAAAAAGUUCGAUUCGCUUAGCGACUUCCUCACAACGCAACUUUUUUCUAUAGGUACAAGAAUGGUUUAAACAUUAUGGUACGCCUCAAAGGCAAAAAUUAGGUAUACUUAAGAAUCACCCUUAGCUAUGAUUUACGAUAACAGCCGCACUUGUGGUGUAAGGAAAAUAUUAACUAUUUAUUCAAGUAUCAUUAGCCUUCCCAACAUUUAUUCCUAUCAUCGACUUAGAUAACUGCAAGGAUUUCAAGCUUAAUUUCAUACCCACCCCCUUCCGAAACACACGACUGUUUCAAUAGUUUGACCCACCUUCAGAAGUCUAUACAGCAAACAUAUUGUUUUUCACGAUAUUCCACUUGAAAGGAUUUGUACAAUUGAGGAAAUAAUACAUAUGAAAUCAAUAGUAAGAUAACAGGAUGUUACAAAUAAAUUGUUUUUCGGGAAAUAUA